AUGCUCUACUUCAUAUUCAAGCUCUUAUAUCUAUUAUACCUUACCUCAAAACUAGUAAUCAAGUUUCAGUUUACUCAUACAAUGGUGACUCCCAAACACACUUCUCAAAAUUUUCCAAUAAUGUUUCUUCUAUUCUUCAUUUCAAUCAAUGCUUACACAUCAUUGGCUUCUCAACCACUAGACAUUGAAAUCAAAUGUGGAUCAUGUCCUUGUGGUAACCCUUGCGACGAGGAACAAAGUUCCCCGCCGCAACCUCCUCCUACACCACCACAAGAAUCGCUACCGCUUCCUUAUUCCUCUCCACCGAAUACUAAUCCACCACCACCAACGCCACCAUCUUAUCCACCUCCACCACCUCCAAAAUUGCGUCCACCACCUCCACCGAGGUUCAUAUACGUAUCGGGUGAGCCUACGGAAGUAUACUAUUAUUACUCUGCUGCCCAAAACAGAACUGUGGGGUUAAUGCUGGUUUUAGCUUGCUUGGGAGCAAAGUUAAUCAUUGUUAUAUUUGGAUGA